AUGUUAUAUUGGAUAACAUCCCUACUCCUUCUGAGUCAAGCGGUCCACUCGACGCCCUAUGUCGGGUUCCCGUUUGAUCAACAAUUUCCAACUGUUGCGCGUGUGGACACUCAGUACACAUUUACCAUCAGCAACGAAACAUACAGGUCGCAAGAUAGUACAGUAACCUACUCAGCAGAGCAACUGCCUGAAUGGCUUAGCUUUGAUGGGGCAUCACUGACUUUCAGCGGCUAUCCCGCUGACAGCGAUGUCACUAGCGACUUAAGGAUAACGCUAAUAGGUACUGACUCUACUGGUUCUAUUUCCAACGAAUACGAAAUGGUUGUGAGUGGAGACCCUGCUCCUAUAGCAAAUCCUGAUGAGUCCAUUUUUGGCAAGCUUUCACAAGAAUUCGAAACUAAUGGCUAUAACGGAAUUGUUUUGGCUCCAGGCAAGGAGUUCAGCAUCCAAUUAGGAGAGAACAUCUUCGAAGCGGCUGAAGGCUCGUCUUCCACCAGUCUUACCUAUUAUGGAAGGUCUGCUAACAGGACUUCGUUACCCAGUUGGUGCUCGUUUGAUUCUGAUACAGUAACAUUCUCUGGCACAGCACCUGUGGUAAACUCCGACAUUGCACCAAGUGAGGGUUUCGGAUUCAUCCUAAUUGGGACCGAUGUCCCAGGCUUUGCCGGUAUUUCCAGUACCUUUUAUAUACUGGUUGGAGCUCAUCAGUUGUCUACCUCAAUAGAUGGUCAGAUCACACUUCAAGGGAACAUCAGUGAAACACUUGAGUACACACUAGACAGAUCGAAGAUCUUUUAUGAUGGGGAAAUGAUAAUAGAUGAUGAGAUCUCUACCACAUCUUUGUCCAAUGCACCUUCUUGGCUAUCAAUAGAUGGGUUGACUAUCAAAGGCACUGUCCCAGAUGAGACUAAUGAUAAUGGAGCCGAAUUCAACGCUACAUUGGCAGAUUCAAUAGGUAACUCAGUUACCUUUGGAUUUAUUAUAGACUUGAAAGGAUCCCUGUUUACAGUGGACUCUCUCCCAAGUUUAAAUGUAACCAAAGGUGAAUUUUUUGACUACCAGCUAACUGACGAUCUCUUGUCUAGGCCAGAUGAUACAGAAGUAUCAGCAUCAUUCUCGGGAAAUGAAUGGUUGACAUUUCAUUCGAAUAAUUUGACGUUCAAUGGGCUAGUACCUGAACAAUUCACAACAUUGAAUGUUGAAAUUGAAGCCAAUGAUGGCAACUCGUCAGAGUCACUAGCCCUCGUGCUAAGAGGAAUUUCACUAAGGGUAACGUCUUCUGCUACUACAUCAAGCCAGUCUUCAACUUCCAGUCCUACAUCCACUGGUACUUCUUCGAUGACAAACAUGUCUGCAACUCCAACUGAGUCCUCAAAUGGAGAUUCAAAUUCUUCUGGAGCUCAAAGUACAGGAAUCAACAGGAGGAGCCUGGCAAUAGGUUUGGGUGUUGGUAUUCCCUGUUUCUUAAUUCUGAUAGCUCUGAUACUAUUGUGCUGCUGUUGGAGAAGGCGUAAGAAUAGGUCUGACAACGAAAACGGGUUAGCAAGUGAGAAGGCAAUUGCCGGUGGACCGUAUCCUGAUGAUAAUACUUCUGAUGCCUCCACUAAAAGAGAGAAUGAGGAUUCUCCCAGAAGGCUCAACGCGCUCAAUGCAUUGAAACUUGACGAGAAAGAUUUCAAUUCCGACGAUAUGAGUGGUCUCAGUGAUGGUACCAAUAUAGAUGACACCGAUGAAAAUAUAUACCAUGAUGCCCAACAAUUUCCCUACGAGGUGAAAAAAUCUUGGAGACAUAACGAAGCGGAAGAUCAGUUGGCUGACUUGGUUGAGAAUCCAACAAGUGGGAAAAACUGGAAAGCUAGAGACUCCAUGAACUCUCUGGCAACAGUUGCUACCAACGAGCUCUACAGUGUCAAAGUGGUAGACGACAACAAGAAAAGAGUCUCCCAAAUGUCAAAUUUGAAUCUCUACAAAGACCAAAAUCUUGCAAGCAUUCCUAGUCUUAACAAUAGUGCCAAUGUCCAAAAACUUGAUAGUGAAGGCAACUUGAAGUUUGAAGCAUCACCCUUGCCUGAUCCAACUGUCUCAGCAUCCAACACAGAUAAUUCAUUAAACGAUACUAUUCGAUUCAAGCCAACAUUCCUUGAAAACGGAGAAGUACGCUGGGACACCAAACAUGACAAUACUGGUGACGCAAAACUCAUGGACUUUACCAGCGGCGGUAGGACUUCCAGCUCGGCUGGACUAGUGAACAGUCAAUCGCAAACAGGAUUUAUAGUAUCAGAUGAUGAAUAA